CCCCAAUGCCAGCCAGUCACGACCGGCGCUCGAAGGAGCGCGCAUGCGCAGGUGGCGGCGGGUCCGCGGCGGUUUUGCAGUGAGGAGGUCCGCGUGCAGCUGCCCUUUUCCCCGGGCCAGCCCCGCGAGCCCUGAGCGCGCAGGGACCAUGCAGAGGGCCUCGCGCCUGCGGAGAGAGCUGAGCCUGCUGGCCACCGAGCCUCCGCCCGGCAUCACGUGCUGGCAGGACGCCGACCAGCCGGGGCUGCGCGCCCAAAUCGUCGGUGGGGCCAACACUCCUUAUGACAAAGGCGUCUUCACGCUGGAGGUGGUCGUCCCCGAGAGGUACCCGUUUGAACCGCCUCAGAUCCGAUUUCUGACUCCAAUCUACCAUCCAAACAUCGAUUCCGCGGGGAGGAUUUGCCUCGACAUUCUCAAGCUGCCGCCAAAAGGGGCCUGGAGGCCGUCCCUCAGCAUCGCCACCGUGCUGGCGUCCGUCCAGCUGCUCAUGGCCGAGCCCAACCCGGACGACCCGCUCAUGGCCGACAUCUCCGCAGAGUUCAAGUACAACAAGCCCGUCUUCCUCGAGAAUGCCCGGCAGUGGACGGAGAAGCAUGCGAGACAGCGACGGACGGCUGGCGAGGAGGAGACGCCUGGAGCCCCACCAGCGGCCGGCGACUCGGCAGCACACAGCCCGGCUCAGAAAAGGAAGGCCGGGCAGCUGGGAGGCAGGGAGAAGAAAGCCCGCCCCGACGUGUAGGGGCUGGCCCUGGCCGUGGUCCCGGUCCCGGUCCCGGUCCUGGUCGUGGCCCGGCGGAGUCUGCACUCUGGACCAGGGCAGCCUGGUCGGCCCCCUGUCUCACCCGGUUUCCUUGUGCGUGAUGACAUCGUCGCGUCUGUGCUGUGUAAAGCAGGCCUCCUGUGUUUAUGUAUCCUGCCCGUUGCGGGUUCUCUGGUGGAGUUUGGUUUAUUUAGCUUGUACACAUGUAUCCUGAAACUUUUUAAACCUGAAAAAUAAAUAGUCGUUUACUGUU